GAAGUAAAACGUCACGCGGCAUUGUGCGCGUGCGCUGUUUACACACUCUUUAUUCUUUGGUCUGUUUCAUUUUGUGUGUUUUUAUGAACAAAGGAGUAAAAUCGUGAAAAACAACUUUCACCCCAACGCGGGAGUUGGAGCAGAAAACAUGUCGGCACAGGGGGACUGUGAUUUUUUGGUGAAACGCGCGCGUGAGCUCGUGCCCAAAGACCCGUGGGCUGCUAAAGCCUGGCUGAUCAGCGCGCGCACUCUCUAUCCGGCUGACUUCAACAUACAGUAUGAGAUGUACAUGAUCGAGCGGAACGCAGAGAGGACCUCGUCAGCUGGCAGACUGCUCUACGACAUAUUUAUUAAUUUCCCGGAGCAACCAGUGGUGUGGCGUGAGAUCGCCGUAAUCACAGCAGCGUUGAGGAAUGACAGCCAGGACAAGAAUGCACAGUUCCUCAAAGGUGUGUUUGAGACUCUCCCAGGCCCUGUGCAGUGUCAGAUGCUUUUGAAAGCAACUGAACAGUGUUUUAACACUCUGGAGAAAGCAGAGAUGCACCUGCUGCUUCUGAAGAGAUUUCCAGAAUCUGUGGUACAGCACGGGGUGAGUUUAGGAGAGUCUCUGCUGGAAGCGGAGAACAUGCAGGACUUGGACACACCAGUCAACUGUUACAGGAAACUGUUCGUAUGUGAUGUCCUGCCGUUGAUCAUUAAUAACAUGGAGAUGCGGCUUCCCGCCAGUCUGUUGCACAAGUACAUGCACAAAGCGGCCGAGUUUUACAUCGGCUAUGUGACACGGGGCCCUUGCGCAGACGCACAGUUACAGGGACCCCAGGAAGGGGGAGGGCUUAAGUCUCCCGGAAAGGGGCGGGGCCAACGGGGCGUGAUUGAUGGUUUGUCUGAGAAGUCGUCCUUGGUGGCGGAGCCGUGGGCGAGGCUGCUGGAGAUUGUUGGGUCGGUGGGGCUGAGGUGUGAGUGGCAGGGAGAGAAGGGCACCAGGACAUACUUAGAGCUACUGCAGAGGGUGAAGGAGCUGUGCCGCUAUUUGCCUGGUCUGGAGGGCGAGACUUUUUCUCGUUGCUGCGCCCAAAUCGUCACCUGUUCCACACUAGUGCUCUUCCGGAGUGCACACUUCUAUAUCUCCACAGUGCAGCCCUCUCUCUUUCAGGGUCAUAACUCACUGGGCUCGACUCCAUGGGUUCUUGUGGAGGAUCUUUCGAAUGUCUUUAACGACAUCGAGCCUGAGAGACCGAGCGGUAAACAUGCGCACAAAAAACGCAAACUUGCAGACGGGCGAGAGAAAACAAUGAGUUCCGAUGAUGAGGACGCUCUGGGGAAAGGACGCGGAAGACACAUUUUGGUCAAUAAGACUGAAAUGCCAGCUUGGACCGAGACUCUGGAGCAUUUCAGAACGGCUAGAGAGAGCUGGGACCUUUUACACUCGCACGAGACUCUGGAAUCAGAGUUCAAUAAGAUCUGCGCAGCCUGGAAGACCGAAAGCUGGCUUUGGUUCCGGAUAUUUCUCACCGAUAUGAUCAUAUAUCAGGGUCAGUACAGAAAAGCUCUGUCCAGUUUAGUGCAGCUCUCGUCUCUUCAGCCCCAGCAGAGCCACACGUCAGCCUCCACACUGGAGACACACCGAGCCUUAAUCCAGCAAGCAUCCUGUCACUACGCACUCGGGGAAUACCGGCUGGCCUGUGAGAAGUUGUUGGAGGUGGUAAGUGGUCUUGUGCCUCAAAAUCAGGAGGCAACCAAGUCCGGCGAGGAGCAGAUCCGAGGACGAAUCAAAGCUAAGAAAGGUAACGACUUGAGGCUUAUUCCCUGCACUAGCAAAGACGUUCUGCCUUUUUGCCUGCAGCUGAUGCUGGCCUGCUUCAAAUUGCGAGCGUUCGCAGACAACAGCAGAGACGACCUGUCUCUAGGUCACGUGAUCGUCCUCCUGCAGCACGAUUGGCCACAGGGUGAGACUCUCUUCCUGAAAGCGGUAGACAAAAUUUGCGACCUGGGGAGUUUCCAGUACGAGAACUUCUUCAACUACGUCACCAACAUUGACAUGUUAGAAGAGUUUGCAUACCUCCGUACGACAGAAGGUGGGCGGGUCCAACUAGAGUUAUUGCCCAAUCAGGGGAUGCUAAUUAAGAACCCCAGCCCCGCCCUGGGGGUGGAGUUAAAUACCCUGCUGCUUCCUGGGGCUCAGAAGGCUGACAGGCAUCACACCGUGACUCGUGGCAUUACCAAGGGUGUGAAAGAAGAUUUUCGGUUGGCCAUGGAGCGCCAAGUGUCUCGCUGCGGAGAAAAUCUCCUUGCCGUUCUACAUCGGUUCUGCAUUAACGAGAAAAUCAUCCUCAUCCAGUCCUUACCCUGACCUUGUACAGCAAAAGGAGUAAAAUCUUCCCAGAAUAUUCCACCCGAUCUUUUAUAUUAACCUUUAUAACUAACAGAUCUUCAACAGCAUCCAAGGAUUAUUUUGGAAUACAUUUCUAUUCUCUUGACAGAGAGAAAUGGGUGGCACUUUAGUCUUUUAAUCUGUCCGGCUCUCUUCAGACAUACAACAGAUUUCCUUAAACAGAUCAGCUUCAAGCUAAUAUCACUUUACAUGCAGUAGAUCGCUAAUUAAGGGAGCAGAUAGCUGCAUUGCAUCCUGGAACUUGGACACCAACUUUUGCUGUCUCCACCACAGCAACAUUGUAUUUGACAUUAAAUAUGACACAUUUGCUUUGUUAGGAGAUAAUAAACACAAUCUAUCCAUUCUCCUAUACAUGUUAUACACUUAUUUAUUUUGAUUCAGGGAGACAUCUGCAACAUUAUUAUCGAAUUUGCAACAUUUGAAAAAAAAAUAUAUAUUUUUCAACUGUUUUCUACUGACUUUUUGUAGCCUUUGUGAAUUGCCUAGGUUUAGAGUUACCUAUUUUGGAUACGUACAGAGACCUCAAACAUGCAUCUGCGUCUUACUUCUAACAGGGUAAUAGAAUCUGGUAUGUUUCCCUGUCUGGUAUAUUUCCCUGCUUGUGAAAUUGCAUAUUGCAAAAUAGCUAAUAGGUUGCACUGGUUGCAUCCUGUACUACGAAGAAUCCCUCAGUGUUCUUAAGGUAUUUAUGUCCAAGUCAUUAUUUUGGCAUCUAAUAUCUAAAGACUUGCCUGAAUACCUAAAAUAUGAUUUGUUUAAACUGUACUUAAUUUGGCAACAGUUGAGGUCAGACUUUGAAAUCACAGGGGAAAAAAAAAAUCCCUGGUUCAUAAUAUAUAAUGUACCACUGAAAUAAUCUUGGACUCGAACAUAUUGUGUAAAUGUCUUUUAUUUAGUUAAGCUAUCAGAUUUUUUUUUUUUUUUACUUUAUAUUUGAAUGUUUAUUCUUGCAUACUUUAAAUUGUUGUAUACCUUUAUCAAAUAAAUAGGUUUUGGAUUUAA